UCAAACAAACUCCGAACCCUAAACCCCAGCGACUUCCCUCUCGAGUGGUAGUGGAAGAUGAAAUUUAAGGCGUCGCAGAGACUCUCUCUAGUUGUUAAUGUCAACCGCACGAGCUGCAAUCAUCUCCAUCAGCGACGUCCUUACUUCAGUUCGUUUCUUCGGAAGCUACAAAUCACUCCAGCUCGAGCUUCCUUCAAUGGCGGAAGAAGUGGCAGCAACUCUGAAGGUAAUUCAUUUUUGGUUCCUGGUGCAACUGUGGCAACUAUAGUUAUGCUGGGUGUUCUUCAUGCCCGUCGUCUUUAUAGUGACAGGAAGGACCAGAGUUUGGGGACGAUGAUUGGGCAUGCUAGGAUGAUUGACGGUCUUUACUACUUUGAUGAUAUCUUUGUUGGUAAUAAAAAAGUUCAGGGCUUUAGUAGUAUUAGUUCAGUUCUUAUUCCAGAUACAAUUAUGCUAUGGCAUCUUAGACUAAGCCAUCAUAGUUUUGCCUAUUUGAAACGUUUAUUUCCUGAAUUGUUUAAAGGAAUGGAUUAUUCACUUUUUCAAUGUGACAGUUGUAUCUUGGCAAAAAAUCAUCGUUCUACAUAUUUACCGAAACCCUACCAAGCAUCCAAACCUUUUUAUAUAAUUCAUAGUGAUGUUUGGGGUCCAUCUAAAAUUUCUACUCUCUUUGGAAAACGGUGGUAUGUUACCUUUAUUGAUGAUCAUACACGUCUGUGUUGGGUUUAUUUGAUGCACAAAAAAUCUGAAGUGGAAUACUUAUUCAAAAAUUUUUACACUAUGGUUGAAAAUCAAUUUCAAACCAAAAUUAAUAUUUUACACUAUGAUAAUCGCACUGAAUAUUUUAAUGAGCACUUGGGGGAUUUUUUGAAAGCUAAAGGUAUUCACCAUACAUCUACUUGUCGAAAUACUCCUCAACAGAAUGGCAUUGCUGAACGUAAAAAUAGGCAUUUACUCGAAGUCGCACGUGCCAUAAUGUUUUCUAUGCAUAUUCCAAAAUAUUUGUGGGGUGAAGUUGUUUUGACAGCCUCCUAUUUGAUAAACAAGAUGCCCACUAAAGUGUUAAAGUAUAAAACCCCUCUAGAGUGCCUAAAAGAAGUUUUUCCCAACACGGUUACAUUCGGAUCUUCCUAUCAAAGUUUUUGGGUGUACUGUGUAUGUUCAUAUCCUUAAUCAAUUUCGUUCCAAACUUGACCCUAGGGCUAUCAAAUGUGUUUUUUUGGGUCAUGCCUCACAUAAAAAAGGCUAUAAGUGUUAUGAUCCUCACAUCAAAAAAAUCCAUAUUAGUAUGGAUGUUUCGUUUUUCGAAAAAAACAACCUUAUUUUACCCAAAAUUCUCUUCAGGGGGAGACACAUGAAGUUGACGAUAAUUUUUGGGAUGUUUCUAUCCCACUCCCAAAUGCAAUUUGCCCUACUCAAGAACCACAUGUUUCUAAUAAUGGUCACUUAGGAGAUUUUGGUUCUUUGGUGCCAAGUGAAGGGGUUUCUCAUGCAGGGAGAGAAGUACUGCAAAUCGAUCAUCAUGAUUUGAAUUCUGAGCUUCAGGUUUAUACUAGGCAGAGAUUUCAUCAAAGGAACAAAGACGUGAAUGUCAACUCUGCACAAACCCAGUUUGAAAACCCGAGCAAUGGCACUGUAAGUUCAAGAAAUCCUACAUCAAUGUCUAGUUUGCUUCCUUCAAUUGUACCCAAUAGUUCCCCAGUUGAUUCUUCAAAUAUUAACAAUUGUUCUCCUACUAUUCCUGAUCUUGAUAUUCCUAUAGCAAUUAGGAAAGUUGUCAGAAGUUGCACACAACAUCCUAUUGCCAAAUAUCUCUCUUACCAUAGACUAUCAAAAAAUCAUAAAGCUUUCACAUCUAGGAUUUCACACUUGUUUGUUUCAAGGAAUAUACAGGAAGCGUUGAAUGAUUCGAAUUGGAAAUUAGCAGUCACAGAAGAGAUGAAUGCUCUAAGGCGAAGUGGCACUUGGGAGAUAGUCUACCUGCCUAAAGGCAAGAAAAUAGUAGGAUGUAAGUGGGUAUUUACAAUAAAGUGUAAGGCUGGUGGGAGUGUUGAUAGGUACAAAGCCAGACUAGUGGCUAAAGGCUUCACCCAAACUUAUGGGAUUGACUAUUAGGAGACCUUUGCUUCUGUUGCUAAAAUAAACUCUAUCAGAGUCUUGUUGUCUCUUGCAGUAAAUUUAGAUUGGCCUCUACACCAGGUUGAUGUUAAAAAUGCGUUUCUUAAUGGUGACCUUGAAGAGGAAGUCUUCAUGAGUUUGCCUCCAGGAUUUGAAAAGAAAUUUGGGAGCGACAAAGUAUGUAGACUAAAGAAAUCCCUGUACGGUCUCAAACAGUCACCGAAAGCAUGGUUUGAACACUUUGGAAAGGCAAUUACCAGUUAUGGCUUCCUUCAGAGUCAGACAGAUCACACUAUAUUUUAUAAACACUCAAAAGAUGGUAAAGUUGCAAUUUUAAUUGUUUAUGUUGAUGACAAUAUUUUAAUUGGUGAUGAUGAGACAGAGUUAGCAGCCGUCAAGAAGAAACUUGUGAAGGAGUUCCAAAUUAAAGACUUGGGAAUUCUAAAAUACUUUCUUGGAAUUGAGUUUGCAAGAUCCAAAGAAGGUAUUUUUGUCAAUUAGAGAAAAUAUGUACUUGAUCUUAUUGGAGAGACAGGUUUACUCGGUUGCAGGGUGUUGGAGACUCCCAUUGAGCCUAAUGUGAAACUACAGGCUGCUAAAGCUGAAGAAGUGAAGAACAAGGAACAAUAUCAAAGACUUGUGGGCAAGUUAAUUUAUUUGUCUCAAACUCGGCUUGAUAUUGCUUUUGCAGUUAGUAUGGCAAGUUAAUUUAUGCACUCACCAGGGCCAGAGCAUUUCGAGGUGGUCUACAGAAUUCUAAGAUAUCUAAAAGGGACACCUGGCAAAGGGCUAAUGUUCAAGAAACAUGGUCACCUGCAAGUUGAAAUCUACACUGAUGCAGAUUGGGCAUGAAGUAUUGAUGAUAAAAGAUUUACUUCAGGCUAUUGUUCUUUUGUUGGGGGAAACUUAGUCACCUGACGAAGUAAAAAACAAAAUGUGGUGGCUAGAAGUAGUGCAGAAGCAGAGUUUAGAGCUGUUGCCCAUGGAAUUUGUGAGAGAAUGUGGAUCAAACGAAUACUUGAAGAGCUAAAGUUUUCUCACUCUGUACCUAUAAAAGUCUAUUGUGACAACAAUGCUGCUAUUUCUAUAGCUCAUAAUCCAGUAUUACAUGACCGUACAAAACAUAUAGAGGUGGACAAACAUUUCAUUAAGGAGAAGAUCAAUGCUGGAAUAAUAUGCAUGCCAUACCUUCUAACAAUAGAACAAAUUGCUGAUGUUCUAAUUAAGGGUCUACACAAGAAGCAAUUUGAUAAACUUAUUGGCAAGCUGGCUAUGGAAGACAUUUACAAACCAGCUUGAGGGGGAGUGCUGGAAUUGUGCUGAUCUAGCCUUGAUCCUAGAAUAUUCUAGGAUCAGUGUUCUAUGUAAAUAACAUGUAAAUAUAGAAAGAUAAUAAUGGUAGGAUGCUUACAAUUAUUUCUUUCCUUCUUUGCUAGUAAUCCUCUCCUUAAAAGAGGAUGUUGUACACAAUUAUUUUGCAUCAAUGAAGAGAUUUCUGGGUCUGAUUUCUAAGUCAAACAAGCUGCUGAUCGACAUUGUAAAGAGGAGUUGUUUUCAGUCGGAGAUGAUGUGUUGGUGUUUCUGCGAAA